AAAAAAUAGAAGAAAAAAAAGAGUGCAGUAAAUUCCUAAAAGCAGUGCCAGCACCAGCAAACCAACCACAGAACGAAACAAAACGAAUUUAUAUAGUGAAAAAAAUCUAUUUUAAAAAUAUAAAAUACAACCAUUUGCUUUCUUUACAUUCCACAGUGCUCAAGCUCGCUUAGUCCUCAGCCAGCAGCAACAGCAGAUAGCGCAAUUUGCUGUUGUAAAACGGAAGUUGUUGUCGUAGUCAGCCAGAGAGAGUGAGACGACAGACAGACGAAGCGGUAGAGGCGGCAAGGGCUAUAGUGUGUGUGUGUGUGUGUGCUACAAUAAUUCUAUUUAACGCCCCUCAUCCCACCACACCUUCACUUGAAAAGCAACAAUUUGACGACAAACCAAAAAACGCUCGCAACUUUACUACCUGAGCGGAGAUAGACAGACAGAGAGAGAGAGAGCAAGAGAGUGAGAGUGGUGUGUGCAACAGAAAGAGAGAGAGACACACACAGAUGCACGCAUACAGCUAAAGUUGUUUGUUGGCACAAAGGUUAUCAUCAAUAACAAAGAACAACAGCAGUAACAACAAGAGCAACAGCAACAACAACAACAGCAAUAGCAACAACAAAAAGCUUUCUGCAAGAACUGCAACUGCAACCCAAAAGCAAUCGCCGAACAACGCCUAAAACUAGUGAUUUUUUUUUAUUCUAAAGAGAGAGAGACGAGGAGAAGAACCAUCGAGUGAGAGAACGAGCAACUGAGAGAGAGAGUUUUAAAUAAACAUUUGCACAACAGCAAUAACAACAAUAACAGCAACAAACCACCUCGUCACCCCGCCUACAACAGUAACUACCUGCGCCUGGUUUUAAAAUAAACCUACAUACAUAACACACACACAUAUAUAUAUAUAUAUAUAUAUAUCUAUAUAUAUAUAUAUAUAGCAUAUAUACGACAUAAAUUGUCGCCCACAAAAGAUGCGUGAAUAUAAAAUUGUUGUUUUGGGCAGCGGAGGUGUCGGCAAAUCGGCGCUAACUGUGCAAUUUGUGCAAUGCAUUUUUGUGGAGAAAUAUGAUCCGACCAUCGAGGACAGUUAUCGCAAACAGGUGGAAGUGGAUGGACAGCAAUGCAUGCUGGAGAUUUUAGAUACCGCCGGCACGGAACAGUUUACAGCGAUGCGAGAUCUCUACAUGAAGAAUGGACAGGGAUUUGUACUUGUCUAUUCAAUAACGGCGCAAUCCACAUUCAAUGAUCUGCAGGAUCUGCGAGAGCAAAUAUUGAGGGUAAAGGAUACGGACGAUGUGCCCAUGGUGCUGGUUGGCAACAAAUGCGAUCUGGAGGAUGAGCGCGUCGUUGGCAAGGAGCUGGGCAAGAGUUUGGCCAAUCAGUUCAAUUGCGCCUUCAUGGAGACCUCAGCCAAAGCCAAAGUGAAUGUGAAUGAUAUUUUCUACGAUUUGGUCAGGCAGAUCAACAAGAAGUCACCCGAAAAGAAACAAAAGAAACCGAAAAAGUCCCUAUGUGUUCUGCUAUAAGACUUCCAAAAAACAAAAAAAAAAAAAAAUAAUAAAAAAAAAUCAAAAACAAAAAAGAACAUAAAAGAAGUAAAGUAACAAGUAAAAAGUAACAAAGCAUACAAAGCCCACAAAACUUAAAGAUUGUCAAAAUUGCAAUAACCAAGAAAAAACCAUAUAUAAAAACGAAAACAAAAAUAAAUUUAACUGACAAUGUUUUUAACUGUGCAAAGAUUUUUGUAAUUAUUACUACAUACUAUUACUACUACUACUAUUAUUACUAUGCUAUUUUUGCUGAUUAACAAUUAAUUAUUAUAUAAAAAUUAUAUUUGUCGUUCGUUUCUGAGCCGUUUUUUAAAAAAUUAUGCAAUACACGCAACAAACACAAAAUGCAAAACAUUCGUAACUAAAAACAUUCGUAUUUAUUUUAUUUUAUUUUUUUUUUUGAUUUUGUUUAGAUUCUUUUCGAUUAUGCUACAUACAUUAAUAUACACAACAUACACUACAAUAAAUAUACAAAAUUUAUCUAUACAAUACAUAUACAUAUACAUACAUAGAUGAAGCAUUUAAAUAAUAAACAAACUCGUUGCUCUUCAAACACAAUAAAAAGAAAGAAGAUGGUUAAAGAAAAUCAAAUUAAGCUAAAACGUAAAUCUAAAAUUCAAUUGUAUGCCUAAAAAUCACUAAAUGAAAUCUUGAAAGAAACAAAGAAAAACAAACAAAAAAA